AUGCUGGCCACCAACAAAUCGGCAGCUAGAAAAUCUUGCGGCACCAGGCCGGCGCUGGCAGCCUCUAAAUCCGACGGAAACAGGCCGAUAUUUCGCGACUUGGUCUCAGGCGGCGUGGUGGCUAGCACAGCAGAUUGCCUUGAACUGCACGAAGGAGAGAGGACUGCCGCCAAGACGAGGGUAAAAAGCUCCCUCGAUUCAAAGCACGGAGGAGGGGUUUGGGGAUCGAGCCCAGUACCUGGAUGUCGGAUCGGAGCGCACUGCUGCUGA